CACUCUACAGCCCGACAAAAUAUGACUCCUAUCAACGGAUUAAAAAUUAUAAUCGUUGGCAAGACUGGUAACGGAAAGAGUUCUUUAGGAAACACGCUACUUCAAGGAAAGGUAUUUUUUGAGUCCGAUGACUUCAAUGCUGCAACUGCGGAAUGUCAACUUGAACAGAAUAUACCAGGAUUAACUGUCGUUGAUACACCUGGUUUGUUUGGUAUCAUGGAAACUGACAAAAAUGUAAAGCAAAUACGAUCUAAUGCUUUAUCUAUAAUAAGAUCAUUAGAUAUCUGUUGUCAACCUCAUGCCUUUCUAUUUACUUUGAACGGCGCGUGUCGUUUCACGGAUGAAGAGUUGUCGGUAAUUGAUGUUUUAACAAUUAUAUUUGGGAAAGAAUGGAUCGAUCAUGCUAUAGUUAUUGUGACUCACAUCGGAAACGAUGUUAAGGAAUCUGAUUUUAAAAAAAAGUGGAACAGAUGUGAGAAACUUAAAAAAUUUGUAAAAGACUGUAAUGGACGAAUAUGUAGAAUAGAUAACAGAAACCCACAAGAAGAACAUGUAAGUAGAAUCCUGCAUUUUGUAAAUCAGGUAUCACUAAACGGUAAACGUCCGUAUUCUGCUAAGUACAUAGAUUGCAGAAAAAAAGUUCUUCAAAACGAAGACAAACUUGAAGAGUAUAAUGGAAUGCCAUCACAUCUCAUUAUAAAAGAAAUAGCUCAAGACAUUCAAACGAUGAUAGCAAAUGAAAUUAAAAAUGAAGAAUUACACAGGCGGCUUUUACAGCAGGAAAAAGAAGAAAAAGAGAAACUAGCUAAAUUAGCUGCAUUUGAAAUGGAAAAGAAAAUAUCAAAAACUGUGUCCACGAUUACAGCAUCGGGAUUAUCAGCAGCCUCAGUCGCAUGUAUAGCAUAUGCUGCUUCGCCUUUUGCAAUAGCUUUUUGUUGUGGAGGUGCAGUUGUUGCUAUUGGCAUUUCAAUUUUUACAUGGCGUCGGAAUUUAUAACUGUUUAUGUUUUUUCUUUCUCUUUAAGGUAUGAGCCCCCUAAUGGGCACUAUAAGGAACUAUAACAUUAACAAUAUAGGUCAGUUUAAAGGACACCUGUAGGCAAAAUUUUAACAAAGUUUACCGUAUGGUUUACGAGUUCUGGGGAUUUUUCUUUAUUAAAACUUGGCUAUCAGAAGGCUUUUUUUUCAGAAAUGAGAAUUUCUAAAUAAUCUAGAAAAAUCUAUAAUAUAAUAAUUAUGAAAUAAUGUUUUCCUAUUGUACAUUAUUAAGAAACAAAGAAUAGCAUUCCUUUAACAAAGGACACAAACAAAAUUAUUGUUUCUACUCAAAUUCUUUGAAACAUGUAUACAAAUGUUACCCUACCCAUCCAUUUUAGUUUUUUGAACAAUUUUCUACUUGGCGGGUCUUAUUCAAAAUAUCCUUAAAAUUUACCAAACUCAGGGAUUGUUUUCAAAAUGUGCCUCAAAUUUCUUAAAAGUAUACUGGUUUGGCUUGUCAAAUAUAAAAUACUUUUACAGUCUAGUUUUUUUAAUUUUAUUAGACUUUAGAAAAAUCAGGUUCCAUAUUUGAUAAUAAAUUUGGCAUAUUUAAGCAAAAAAUACCAAUAAUAAUUAUCUAAUUAAAAUGAAACAUUUUUUUUCUUCUAAAAGUGAUCCAAGAAACACAUAGAUAAUGUUCAAAGACAAAAGAAAGAAAGAAAAACAUUGCCUUUUCGUGGGCUUGAACCCACGCCACGUUUGAAUACUCUUCUUAGUGGAGGUAACGCUGGUCAUAACGUUGGUCAUAACUUAAUAUUUGUUAUGUCUUGCAAAGACGUAAAAAUUGUCAUCUGAAGGUACUUUUUGACUGAAAUGGAAUGUAUAAUAGCACGAUAUUUCUGUCAUGACAGCUUGUAACAAUAUUCUUUUAUUAGCUAAUCUCAGCU